CUGACGGAGUCACACAUUACCUUUGUAUUCUGUUGCUUGUCCCUCGUCGGUAUAAUUCCACCAAAACAUAUAGGAUUUUCAUGCAAAGAUGUUUUAAUUCAACAUCGUUUUGAAGGAGACACUGUUACUGGUGCAAUGUUGUUUGGAUCUCUUCUUUUUGGACCUGCCCUUCUGUUUUUUAUAACAGAAGCAGCUCAUAAUCAUCCCAUUACCUCAAGGACUCAUUUUCAACAUUGCUACAAACAGUGGCUAACAGUAUUAGGAGACUUCCUGUUAGGCUUUGUGUAUGUAAUGUUUAUUACAGAGCUUAUAAAGACAUUAGUUGGUGAACUCAGACCUCAUUUCCUGCAAACUUGUAAACCUGACUGGUCAAAAAUCAACUGUUCUCAAGGGAUUAUUACUGAAUACAAAUGUACCAAUAAGAGUCCUUACUGGCUAGUACAAGUGGAUAUCUACAAAUCUUUUCCAUCAGGCCAUACAUCACUUUCUUUCUACACAUUAGUGUUUGUCAGUCUUUAUGCACAAGUUCGUAUUCGGCGUACUUCAAGAUCACACCUUCUAAAGUCAUGGGUGCAACUAUUGUUCCUUUCCUGGGCCUUAGUAUGUAGCUUAACCAGAAUUUCUGAUUACCGCCAUUUUUGGUGGGAUGUUCUAGCAGGAUCUCUGGUGGGAAUUAUAGGAGGAUUUGUAUCAGUCAGAUGUUUUGUACAGAACAACUUCAGUUCUGUACAAACAGAAGAAGAAAGUGAAAUAACAGUGAGCUCUGGAAUAAUAAGUAAAGCAUCUUCUUCUAUCAAGCCUAAUGAGAAUUUUACAACAUAUGUAGAAAAUAUAACAGUUAAGUAGAAAUGUGGAACAAGACAUCAACUACAAUAAUUUCUUCUGCACAUAACUGAAACAAAAAAGUUAUGCCUAUUCAGAAAUAUGGAAUAAAACAUUAAGUACAAUAAUGUCUUCUAUAUAUUAUUCUGAACUGGGCAAUUUACUGAACAGUCAUUAUCUAUAUCGCCUGCUUUUCUGAAAUAUAAAACUUCAGCCUUUGAGAAAUGUGAACAAUAAACAAAAUAAACCUUUCUGUGUAUGUGAUUCUGAAAUAGAAACAAAUGUGAACUGUUGAUAGAUGUACAGUAAGGCACUAGGUACAAUAUACUACUUGUUUCAAGUUCUUGUUUUCCCACAAGAUAUUAAAUCUGUUAUGUGCUGUCAGUGGCUUACGAUAGACGAUGAUCUUGUAUAGAUGUACAUGUAAUGUUCAGAAUUGAUUUAGUACAAUGUAUGUGUACAUAUAUUUAAAUUCAGAUAAAUUUUUGGUAACCUUUAAGCAGUGAAUAUUUAAAAAUAUAUAAAAUGAGUAAUGAUUUCAUAAUCAAAUCAACUAAUGUAGAAAUAUAAACUCGGGUGUGUUGGUUGAUUGGUUAUACAAAUGAUAGCUAAAAUUUCCUCAGAUGGAUUUAAAUCAGCUCAAAUGCAGAAAAAAUAAAUAAAUCAUACUUAUAAGUGACACUUUAAGGUGUUGGUUACUGUAAAGGAUUUAUUUCAAUUUUGUCUUUUUGAAAACUAAACUGCAUGCACCCAGGAUAAUGACAUUAGUAAUGGAACAGAGCUCAGUGACAUGAGGCUUCAUUUUCAUUUUAAACAAUUGGUUAGGAAUAAUCUCACAAACAAAAAUAAAAAAAAUAACUGAAUAAUGCUGUCAGGCAUAUUUAACACUUAUAGCUAUACAAUAAAUGUAUUAUUAUAUAUGUAUAUAUUCAAAUGAUUAUAUUUUUAUCAUUAAUCUUAGAAUGUUUUAUAGGAGAUAGGUGAUUUAAACUUUUUUAGAUGUUUUGGAAAUAAGGUUUAACUUUCAAGGUCGUUUUUGUCAUCUCAUAUGUUACAUUAAUUGGAAGUUUAUUUAAUAAGAAUUUUGUGCACUAUUAUUUGAGUGAAUUAUGUCAUCAUUUGAAUUAUAUAUGUUUAAACAAUAGAGAUAUUUUUAGAAUGAUGUAGAACUUGAUAGCAUGGACCGUGUGUUUGUACACAUAUAAAAUAGUUUUGCUUAAAAUGAAUAUUUAGUGGCAUUUUUUUAUAUUUUACAUUUAGAUUCUUCUUUCAAAAUGACAUUUGAAACUGAAUUAGGUUUUUUAUUUAUCAUAUGUAACAAACAGAAAUAGUUGCAAAGUGAAAGAGAUUCUAAAUCAUGUAAUGCUUAGUACAGUAGUGUCCAUAAUUGCAACCUAUGAUUUUUCCAGUUGUUAAUGGUAUCUUCUUAAACUAUCAUAUUGUGGAAAACGUUUAUCAAAACUUAAUGUAAUUGAGAAUACUUGAUAAAUCUUUGUUGUUUCUGUAUUACAUUAUAAAUUUUCAUUUGAACAGAAACUUGAUUUUGAGGGCUGAAAUGUAUAUAUGAGUUUAAUUUGUGUAAAGCAGGCCUUGACAAAUCUCAGGGUUCAGGUCGCCAUGGUAACUAAAUAUUUCAUCAUGACACUUAGUAUUUUCUCCCAUUUUAUUCUUGCGUAGGGCUGUGAUAAAUAGAACUCGAAUCUAGAACAGUUUUGGACUCUUGGAAGUCCAGAACUAUUUCUGCAUUGUUUUAGUCCUACAUCAAACUUUGCUUCUAGGAUUUUAAUGACAGAUUCAGCACUUCUUCAUGAUUUUUCAGGAACGAAGCACUGUGGUUGUGCAACACGUUACUAAUUUUAUGCCAUUUUGUUUUUCUUCUUUCUCUCAAUUAAACCAAUCACUACAUAUGUUUAGACUCGUAUGGGACCAAAGGCAGUUAGUUUAGGCAAUACUGUGAAGUGGUUGUUGAUAUCAUGUGAUUGUUAGCAUGUACUCCUUGCUGUGAAAGUAAAUAAAUAUACACUGUUUAA